AUGAGUAUAACAGCAGAUGAUUUACUUUCUUUGAUUUAUGAUGCGACCGAAUCACCAAAUGCAGAAGUUCAAUCGAAUGCAGACAAUCAAAUCUCGGAAUUGAUGAAAUCAAACAGUCCUUUUUUCAUGGAAUUAAUUUAUCAAAUCAUCUCUAAUCAUAAUAAUCCACCAAAAUCAAUCAUUAGUACAUCUGUUAUCUUUGGGCGAUUCUUAGAUUAUAAAGAAAGAGCACAUUUAGAUGCUCUCAAACAAAUUUUUGAAAAUUCAGAGUGUACAAAUCUCAUUAAUAAGACAUUUGAAGUUGUUAACGAUAUGGUUACUUGCUAUGGAGAUACACAAAUACAAAUUCACGGCGCGAGAUUGUUUUCAUUAUUUUAUCAAAUCAAACCAGAGAUAAUUUGCGAAAAACUCAAAUCAUACCUUGAUCAGUGCCUCACAGAAGAUUCACCUAUUGAUCUGAAAUUCGUUUGUAUUGAAAUAUUCGAUGAUAUUUACAAUAUUUGUUUUGAACCUAUUAUUGUUCCACUUAUACUUGAAAUGACAAACGUUCUUAAGCAAAAUCUACUACUUCCAGAUAGCGAUGACACAAUUGAAUUGAAAAAGAAGUCAUUAAAUUUAUUAUCUAAUAUUUCCGCAGGAUACAAAGACCAAUCAUUUGUAAACGAAGAAUACAUCAUUGAUAUACUUAACAUCUUACGAAAUAUCAUCGAAAUACCGAAUAUUGAUCUUAAUUCUUUUUGUCAUAGUUUUCUUCUUUCUGUUGCAACAAAUUUCUAUCAUAGCAUUGAACUAUUUAUGGAAUUUAUCAGUCAGUUUACUCUUAGAGGCCUUACAAUUGAAUCAGAAGAUUCAGAAGAAUAUCAAAAAAUUUCUUUAAAGUUUUGGCAUGAUUUUUCCAAUUUCGAAUACAAAAUAAGGAAAGACCAAAGUCAAGAGCUGAAGAAUAUCUGUUCAGAAGGUUGUUCUCUUCUUUUUGACCCAAUAAUGAAUUGUAUUUUCAAAAUAAGCACAGAUACGUUAGAUAUUGAAGAUCCAUCAGAGAUAACAUUAUCAUCAGCUGCAAUGACAACUCUUGGAAGCCUCUGCAAAUCAUCUCCAACAGAUUAUCUUCCAUUAAUUGCAAAUGCGAUGUCAAAUUUGCAAAUAACAUCAGAUAAUUGGAUAGACAAAUACGUAUUCGCAGUUCUGUUCUAUAUAAUCGCUUGCAAAAUCACAGAAAUUGAAGAUAAAAGAUUUUUGAAAGAAGUUGACGGUUUUGUAAACUCCAAUUUCUUUACAAUUUUCCAACUUUUGCAGACCGAUAACCAGAGGCUCAGAGAAAUAGUUCUUUGGGUUGUUGGCCAGACAAUUGCUAGACAUCCGUCACUUUUUGUAUCGCUCACUUCACCUCUUGACUUAUAUCUUCAAAUGAUGGAAUUUAUCAAUUACAAGCAAUGUAUCACUGACGAAGCUGUUGAUCCCUUGAUACAUUUGAGAAUUAUAUCAAUUAUUUAUAACAUUUGUCGUUGUUAUUCUCCGAAUUCUGUUUACAAUCUUUUGUCAAUUUCUAUGGGCGGAAACAUGAUUGAAUCAACAGUUAUGACUGUUCUUAAGCUGCCAAGGACACAAGAUAACGAAGAUUUGUUGGAAAGAUGCUACGAAUGCUUGAAUGUUUUUUAUAGAAAUUGUCCGUCAAAUGAAGUGGUUUUUGACGAUUAUUUGUCAAAAACUUUGAAAGAAAUGGAAUUUGUUAUUAAUACUGAAUUUAGUGAAUCUGUUAAAUUUGUUCACAUGGCAAGUCUUACAUCGAAUUUAUCAACAUUAAUGACAAGAAUUCGUGUCUACAAAAAUUUAUUAAGAAAUUAUUUAUAUCCUGUUUGGGAUUUGAUGUUUACUUUGUUAACAAAUACAAAUUGUAUGAUAUAUGUUGAAGCAAUGAAUUGUUUAACAACCGUUAUUGCAUGCAGUAUUGGAUUGCAAGAAACUGAUCAAACAAAUGAAUUUUUACAAGAAUUAGUAUCUGAUAAAUCAAAAAUUGAUCAAUUAAAUGAUUUUGUAACUGAAAGUUUUAAUUCUCAAGAUAAUAUUGUUAUUUUUGCCGCUUCUAAUUUGAUAAUUCAGAUGUAUAAAUAUAUUCCUGAAAUGCUACAAUAUAGUCCUAUUUAUUUGGAAUUGUUUAUUAAUAUAAUACAAUCUGAUUCUUUGAAUAUUUCUUGCAAAGCAAUUGUUUUCGAUGCUUUGAUGACAAUUAUUAAGUAUUUGCCGAUUGAUGAUUGUUUGAAUUUGCAAGAAGUUGUUGUUGAAUUUAAUGGUGUUUUUAUUAAUCAUUUGACACAACAAUUGCAAGAAGAUGAUGAUGAAAAAAGUGUUUUGUUGAUGGCAAUAAGUAGAUGCUUCGAAGUUUUGGCUUUGAAGUAUCCAAAAGAUGAAGAUCCGAAAUCUGAAUUGUCAACUUUGAAUUUGGUAAUUAGCAUCUGUACAAAAAUUGAUGAAAUAAGGAAUCCUAGUGAUGAAUGUCUGGAAAGAGCUCUAGAUAUGGUUGGAGCAUUCGGAGCAUGGUGCAGCAAACUGAGAAAGCCGAAACUAAGACAUAGAAAGAUAAAGGAAAUGAUGGAAAUCGCAAAACAAAGAACAUAUUUGAAAGAAAAAGUUAAUGAUGUUAUGAAUAAAACGGAAUAA